AAAAAAAAAAUCAUAAUAAUGUAAUAUAAAUUUUCUUUUAUAGUUAUAAAAAAAUAUAACUAAUUUACAUUUAGGAUGAUUUUAAUUAUUUUCACCUAAGUGAUUUAACCUGGUAAUUUUAUAUAAUUUUAAUAUAAUUCAGGUAAAAUCACCUGAUUAAUUUUAUUGAUAUAGUUUAAUUAUAAUAAUCUAUAUGAAUGUUGCUGACUUGGCCAAAUCUUUGAAAAAACUUGUUGUUACCUUGCCUGAUCACCAGCGUUGAGGUGCAGCAACAUUGAUUAGAAGGAGAAAAAAAUGAAACAUACAUCAACUAUGAAACUUUAAAACUAUUAAUAAAACCAUUUAUAAUGGAAAAUAUUUUAAACUCAAAUUUUUUUUAUAGUCCCGAUAUGUUAUUUAACUCUUAUUAUGAUUCUUCAUAUAGUGGUUCAGACUUACUUAAUGAUUAUGAUAUACUUAAUAAAACCCAAAUAGGAAAUGUAAGAAGAAUAGAUGUUUCAGUAAAUGAGGAUAUAAAUAGCGAGUAUGAGGAAGAAGAGAAUAGAUUAGAAUUAAAUCAAAGGAUGGAAUUUGAAACAUGGGAAUUUGCUGAAUUAUACCUUAAUGAAUAUGCAAAGCAACAGGAAUUUUCUUUUUGUAAAAAAAAAUGUAUACUGGAUCCAACUGACAGUACAAUAACAAGACAUAGAAUGUAUGAAUGUUCAUAUACUUGA